UGCCGAGCGACAGUGUACGGCAGUAAUUCUGAGUGUUUUGGUGUCGUAAGUUCGGCGAUUCAGUGUAUUAAAAUAAAGUUAUAAAUUGUUAUUGUGCGUAAAAAGUGGUAAUUUACGCAAGUGAAAUGCGAUUGUCUUGUGGUUUAGCCACAAUUUUUGUGGUGUUGGCUGUGGUCUUGCGAGAGCAGUCGGUCCACGCUGCAUGCGGUUAUGCGAACUGUCCGGCGGGAAAGAUAAACAUGAUCAAUGUCCAUUUGGUACCACACUCCCAUGAUGAUGUAGGCUGGUUGAAAACUGUUGAUCAGUACUACUAUGGAUCACGUAACGGCAUACAACGAGCGGGCGUGCAAUACAUUCUCGACAAUGUGGUGCAGGAACUGUUGAAGGAUGCUAAUCGGCGCUUUAUUUAUGUCGAAUCUGCGUUCUUCUUUAAAUGGUACAACGAACAGAGUGCCGAUAUAAAGUCGAAGGUAAAGACACUGGUAAAUGGUGGACGCUUGGAGUUUGCCGGCGGCGCGUGGUCAAUGAACGAUGAGGCGGCGGUGCAUUAUCAGUCGGUGGUGGAUCAGUUCACCAUUGGCUUAAAAGUACUUCAGGAACUUUUCGGUACUUGCGGACGUCCGCAUGUCGGCUGGCAAAUCGAUCCUUUCGGUCACUCGCGUGAAAUGGCAUCACUAUUCGCUCAAAUGGGUUUUGAUGGACAAUUCUUUGCACGCAUGGACUGGCUCGAUAAGAAGGAGCGUAUGAACAAUAUGACAGCUGAGAUGAUCUGGAAGGCUAGCGCUGAUCUGGCUGAAAGAUCCGAACUUUUUACGGGCCUGUUGUAUAAUCAUUAUUCCGCGCCGCCAAGCUUUUGCUUCGACACACUCUGUUCCGAUGAGCCCAUAAUUGAUGGCAAUAGCUAUGACAACAAUGUACUAGAAAGGGUGAACACAUUCAUUGAGUACAUACAAAAUGUUACAGCGCGCUAUCGUUCUUCACAUGUACUUAUUCCCAUGGGUGAUGACUUCAAUUAUCAGAAUGCGGCGAUUAAUUUCAAGAAUAUGGACAAGUUGAUAAAAUAUGCUAAUGAGCGUCAGUCCGUUGGUUCGAAGGUGAAUCUAUUUUACUCCACACCCGCUUGUUAUCUAAAAGCCAUACAUCAGGAGCCACUAACUUGGCCCAAUAAAACGCAAGACUUCUUUCCCUACUCCACUGAUUGGCAUAGCUACUGGACCGGUUAUUAUAGCUCACGUCCCACGCAAAAACGUUUCGAACGUGAUGGCAAUCACUUCCUACAGGUGACUAAACAACUCACCACGCUCGCGAACCUCACUGGAAACAGUGUGGAUGACAAUUUGAAUCAGCUUCGUCAUGCCAUGGGCGUAAUGCAGCAUCAUGAUGCCAUCACUGGCACUGAGAAACAACAUGUAGCUCAAGACUACGAUCGUCUGCUGACUGCUGCUAUUGAGUCGGCGCAUACGAACGCUCGUUCGGCAUUGCAGAAACUAACCAACCUCACAAGUGGUGAAUUCGUCAGCUGUUUGCAACUGAAUAUCAGUGUUUGCGACUUCACCAAGGAUGGCGCAAAUCAAGUGGUGGUCACAUUGUUCAACCCACUUGCGCGACCCUCAACACAAUAUGUCCGUGUGCCGGUGAAGAAUGAGGCUUACAUAGUGACCGACGAUACUGGUCGUGUGGUUCAAUCUGAUUUACUACCUGUGCCCAGGGAAGUACAGUCUCUCAGUUUCCGUCCUAAGCAUGCCACUCACGAACUCGUUUUCUCGGCUUAUGUAGAGAAAUUGCGUAGCUACUAUAUUAAGAAGAGAAUUAAUCGACGAAGUGCGGACGAACAGGCAGGAGUGAAACUAAAUGGGUGGGAAGAUGAAAGUAUUUUGGAAGCUAAAUUAAGAGUUAGACCAUCGGAUAUUCAAUCAAGAGCAGAGAUCGUUGUUAAGAAUUCGCUUGUUAAGUUAACCUUCGACGGCACAGGACAUCUCAAUCAGGUUGAAAUGAAUGGUGUCACCGAGAAAAUACGUCAAGACUUCUACUACUACAAUGGCGCAGCUGGCAAUAAUGCCGAGUUCAAGAAUCGUUCUUCCGGUGCUUAUAUUUUCCGACCCAAUGGCUCUGAAAUAUUAAUUGGUAAUACCGCCAGCUUCAGCAUUUAUGAGGGUGCACAAGUUAAGGAGGUACAUCAACGCUUCAAUCAAUGGGUGUCGCAGGUGAUUCGUAUUUACGAAGGCGUGAAUCGUGUCGAGUUCGAAUGGCUCGUCGGCCCGAUACCGAUUAAUGACAACAUCGGCAAGGAGGUGAUCACACGCUUCAACAGCAGCAUCAAAUCGAAUGGUGUCUUCUACACCGACUCCAAUGGUCGUGAAAUGCUGCGUCGUGAACGUAACAAACGUGAAUACUUUAAGCCCAAUAUGACUGAAGCUGUUUCGGGUAAUUAUUAUCCAGUGACAGCACGCAUUGCCAUUGAGGACGCAACGAAACGUAUUGCCUUGCUCAAUGACCGUGCGCAGGGUGGCAGUAGUUUGAAAGAUGGUGCACUUGAGUUGAUGUUGCAUCGUCGACUGUUGCGUGAUGAUGCAUUUGGCGUAGGUGAGGCUUUGAAUGAGACUGCUUUCGGUCAAGGUCUGGUGGCACGCGGCAAAGUGUAUCUUGUGUUGGGUAAAGUAAAGGACGCACCAUCACGCUACGAGCGCGUCGAGCAGCAACAGCUACAUUUACCCUUCUGGAAAUUCUUCAGCAGUGCUUCAAGAGCUAGCAAUGUGAAGGUGCCCAAAGUUUCUGCUUUCGAUGUGGCGCAAAAUGUACAUUUACUAACUUUGGAACCGUUCGGCACAAAAGAGCGUCUGCUACGUUUGGAGCAUAUCAUGGACAAAACUGAGUCUGCUUCGGUAACAUUUAAUUUGCGCCCGAUUUUCGAUCAACUGGGCGGCGAGGAGAUACGUGAGACCACAUUGGAUGGUAGUUUAAGUUUGAGUGAAAUGAGUCGCUUCAAAUUCCAGCCCGAAGGUUCAAAGGUUCGCAAACCUGAGUAUUACAAAUCCUCACACACGCCACUUUCAGCGAAGAAGAAGGACUCGACGAGCAAAUUCAGUAUUGUUUUGAAUCCCAUGCAGAUACGUACAUUUAUUAUUAAAUGGAAAUAAAGUUCCUGUUAUUAAACAAGCGCAGUCAUCGUGAAA